ACUCGUGGGAGUCUUUUGGGAAAAGUAGGGUUUUACGGCUUCCCAAGUCUCCUGUCCCCCCAACACCCUCGGAAGCCCUCGCACCCGCCUACGGAGGGAGGGCACAGGGGGCUCUCGCCGUCGCCGCCGUUGUUUGCUCCGAUGUCCAGUUACAUUUUUUCAUUGCUAGAUUAUUAUAGAUUCGAGAUUGAUCAGAAAACUAUGCCAUCUUUUGAAGAGAAGUAGGAUCUCUAGCCUAGGUUGGAGUACAAGAUGCAGCUUUGUUGACUAAUCAACUUGCAAGACCUAUUGGUCUGCCUGUGAAGGAUAUCCUGUAUGGAGUGUACUACUGGAUAAGGAUCAGAUACCUUAUUACUUUGAAAGCAUAAAUCUACAAUAUCGAUAAUGUUGCGAACAAAGCAACUUGGUACUCUCUCCCAUUGUGCUAGGUCCUUCUAUCUUAGUGGUUCAAGAUGUGGGAGUGCAGAUGGAGCUUCAUGUACUUGCUCUGAAGAUGAAAGUUGUGUUUCAAAAAGGCAGUCUAAUAACACUUUCAAGCAGAAGAAAGGCAAUUUAGUGGAUGAAGCUCCAGCAAAUGCAGGAUCUACCUGUUUAUCGAGUGCGAUUGGAUCAAUUGGUCAUCACAGUUCAGGUUACACAGCUUCAGCCCCGCAUGUCAUCUCCUCUACCUCUUCUUUGAAAUCAAGCUCAAGUUAUGUUAACAGAAAAAUCAACUGUGCUAAUGAGAGUGGUCAUGCCUCCGGGAAUGAUUUGCUGCAUUCGUCUAAGCUGACUGCUGAGCGCUAUGUCAAGGCAGGCAUUGCAUCUGUUGGCAUGUUCUCUGAGUUAGUGAAUUACAGGAUCCCGGCAGCCAACCAGCAUGUCCUUUUCGCACCCCAAAAUGGCGUGGUUGAUUCUACCCAGCCCUUUACUACCAGCAAGUCUUCUAAUAGCAAGCCCCGUAACAGAGCUAAUAAUCCCAGAACUGAGCCAAAUGCAUCUGCUAACAUAGUAGGAGGAUCUAAUUCAAAUUCUACAGCUCAGAAUGGUACUGGAAAUAAAGCUUCAAAGGCUGGUUAUGUAAAAUCUAAGCAAAAUAUGCCUGGAACAUCAGUUAUGUCUCAUGGAUCGCCAGUGGAUAUGAAGAGUCAAAGGCAGUGUAUACCGCAGAGAGAAAAGUUCCAUUCUGACAGCUUCAUAUCAGAUGCCAAGCCUGGAGGAAGAACCUCAGAAAAGAAAGUGGCAUUUGCAUCUGCCGAGAAUAUUAAGUCUGCUAAUAAGUCUCGACAUCCAAUGAGAUCCACAAGAUUGUAUGCAGGUGCUUCUUCUGCAGGUCUUUCCAUAAAGUCAGGGCAUGCAGUUGAACAAUAUUACCAGACAUUACAACAGUUAAAAUGGGGACCAACAACAGAAGAGGCUUUGGAUAAUCUACAUUUCAAACUGGAUGCAUACCAAGCAAAUCAGGUACUUAAAUUGCUCCGUGAUCACUCUGUUGCUCUUGAAUUUUUCAAAUGGUUAAAAUGUCAGCUUGGAUUCAAACAUGAUGUGCAUACUUAUACCACCAUGAUUGGUAUCCUUGGCCAAGCAAGGCAGUUCGGUGCUAUGAGAAGACUUCUAGACGAGAUGAUCAGGGAUGGUCUCCACCCAACUGUAGUAACUUACAAUCGUCUAAUUCAUGCCUAUGGCCGUGCUAAUUACAUAGGUGAGGCUGUUAGAGUGUUCCAGGAGAUGCAGGCAGCUGGUUAUGAGCCCGACCGAGUGACUUACUGCACGCUCAUUGAUAUCCAUGCAAAAGCUGGAUUUUUGGAGGUUGCGCUGGGCUUGUAUCGACAGAUGCAAGAAGUAGGCCUGUCACCAGACACUUUCACAUACAGUGCAAUGGUCAAUUGCCUUGGAAAAGGUGGGCAUCUUGCUGCUGCAUACAAGCUGUUCUGUGAGAUGAUCGAACAGGGCUGUGUUCCAAAUCUGGUUACAUACAAUAUCAUGAUUGCUCUGCAGGCAAAAGCAAGGAACUAUACUAGCGUAAUGAAGCUUUACAGAGACAUGCAGGCUGCUGGAUUUCGUCCUGAUAAGAUCACCUACAGUAUUGUUAUGGAGGUUUAUGGUCAGUGUGGGCGUCUUGAUGAAGCAGAAUCUGUGUUUAUGGAGAUGAAACGUGAUUGGGUUCCUGAUGAACCUGUGUAUGGUCUUCUUGUGGACUUAUGGGGUAAAGCUGGCAAUGUAGACAAGGCUCGAUCAUGGUAUCAAGCGAUGCUUGAUGGAGGCCUGCAGCCUAAUGUACCCACAUGCAAUUCUCUGCUGAGUGCAUUUCUUAAGGUGCACAGGUUCUCGGAUGCCUAUGAUGUGCUUCAGAACAUGCUCGGACUGGGACUGGUCCCCUCACUGCAAACAUACACUCUUCUUCUCAGCUGCUGUACUGGGACACACUCACGGAUGGGGUUGUGUUGUCAACUCAUGGCCAUGACAGGUCACCCAGCUCAUACAUUCCUUCUAUCACUGCCAGAUGCAGAACCAGGCGGACAAAAUGUGAGGUACCAUGCAAGUAGUUUCUUGGAUCUGAUGCACACCGAGGAUAGGGAGAGUAAGAGGGCUCUCAUGGAUGCCAUUAUAGAUUUCCUUCACAAGUCAGGCCUUAAGGAGGAGGCUGGAUUGGUAUGGGAGGUGGCCGCACAGAGAAAUAUGUAUCCAGAUUCAGUCAGGGAGAAGAGCUCCUCAUAUUGGCUCAUUAACCUCCAUGUGAUGUCUGAGGGAACUGCAAAGACAGCAUUAUCAAGGACCCUUGCAUGGUUCCAUAGGCAGAUGCUAGCCUCAGGUGUCGGGCUCCAGCGUAUCGAUAUUAUUACCGGCUGGGGCAGGCGAAGUAGAGUUACAGGGUCAUCAUUGGUUCGGCAGUCUGUCCAGGAGCUGCUCAAUCAAUUCCAGUUUCCCUUCUUCACUGAAAACGGCAACUCAGGGUGUUUCGUGGGAUAUGGGGAGUCUCUUAACAGAUGGCUGCUAAAUUCUUAUGUGGACCGCAUGCAUUUAGCAUAGUAAGUUUUCCUUCUAUUUUCCUCCUGGAUUUUACCCUGAUGCAAUUUUGAUGGGCUCAGAUGGAUAUUGUCUGCCCAUGCAUCGGUUUCAUUUGACUUCUCGCUAUGUUGUUGUGUAAAUUGAAUGGCUAGCUGUAUUUAUUGCAGGUUGAGUGUGGCUGGUGCUUUCUGUUGCAUGAUAGUGCUUAAGUUGUGAAAUUAGUGUUCAUUUGUUUGGCUUUUGUAAACCAUCUCAUACUUCAAUUUUUGGGUAGCAUCCUUGCCAAUUA